AUGCCGAACAAUAAUGCAACACAGGCAGUGUGCAAUGGUGUGGGCAACAUAGAGAAAAGAACAGAAUUCGGAGUCACAUUUGACGAGUGUCAUGCUCACAAGCGUGUCUUCAUUGGCUUUAAAGCUUUGAGCAAUUGCGCUUUCCGAAAAGCUUGCCAAGCGGAAGGAGCAACUGGCGCGGACUCCAGCUGCAGGUCCAAGGUCGACGAUUUCUUUGGUAGUAGCAAGGUUUGA